CUCCCCUGGGCGGCCCCUCCCGCGGCCGUCCGGCUGCCUGCUCAGUGCUCAGCUCGGGUCGGGCGCGGGGCGCGGGGCGUCGGGGCGUCGGGGCCGUUGGAGCCGCUCUGGGCGCCGGCACAGAUGUAUUUGGGGACAGCAAACAUGGACGAGUUCUUUUCAUCAGAGAGUCUUCUAUGAAGAGACCCCAGUAACGGCAGGCAGUUUGAGUGUCCUCCCAUCCCUGGAUCAGCAUGGCAGGUUUCAAGAGAGGGUAUGAUGGAAAAAUCGCUGGUUUGUACGACCUGGAUAAAACUCUGGGCAGAGGCCACUUUGCUGUGGUUAAACUUGCCAGGCACGUUUUUACAGGGGAGAAAGUAGCCGUGAAGGUCAUCGACAAGACCAAGCUGGACACUCUGGCCACCGGUCACCUCUUCCAAGAAGUGCGCUGCAUGAAGCUCGUGCAGCACCCUAACAUUGUGCGCCUCUACGAGGUCAUUGACACGCAGACCAAGCUCUACCUUAUCCUCGAGCUUGGAGAUGGAGGAGACAUGUUUGACUACAUCAUGAAACACGAAGAGGGUCUCAACGAAGACCUCGCCAAGAAGUACUUUGCCCAAAUAGUCCACGCCAUCUCCUACUGCCAUAAACUCCACGUAGUGCACAGAGACUUAAAGCCUGAGAACGUGGUCUUUUUUGAAAAGCAAGGCCUCGUGAAGCUGACGGACUUUGGGUUCAGCAACAAGUUUCAGCCUGGAAAGAAGCUCACCACCAGCUGCGGGUCUCUGGCAUAUUCUGCCCCCGAAAUUCUGCUUGGGGAUGAGUACGAUGCCCCCGCUGUAGAUAUAUGGAGUCUGGGAGUCAUUCUUUUCAUGUUGGUGUGUGGGCAGCCGCCCUUUCAAGAGGCAAACGACAGUGAGACUCUGACAAUGAUCAUGGACUGCAAAUACACAGUACCUUCCCACGUGUCCAAAGAGUGUAAAGACCUGAUUACUCGGAUGCUGCAGAGGGACCCAAAGAGAAGAGCUUCUCUGGAGGAGAUCGAGACGCACCCCUGGCUCCAAGGUGUUGACCCGUCCCCGGCCACCAAGUAUAACAUCCCCCUUGUUUCAUACAAAAACCUUUCUGAGGAGGAGCACAACAGCAUCAUUCAGCGCAUGGUGCUCGGCGACAUUGCCGACCGAGAGAGCAUUGUCGAGGCCCUGGAGACCAACAAGUACAAUCACAUCACGGCCACCUACUUCCUGCUCGCCGAGAGGAUCCUGAGAGAAAAGCAGGAGAAGGAGAUCCAGACCAGGUCGGCCAGCCCCAGUAACAUCAAAGCCCAAUUCAGGCAGUCAUGGCCCACGAAAAUUGACGUUCCCCAGGACCUGGAAGAUGACCUCACUGCGUCCCCGCUGUCCCACACGCCUGUGCCCCAGUCGCCCGCACGCACAGCGGAGAACGUCCUCAACGGCCACCGGAACAAGGCUCUCGGGGACUCUGCGGCCAAGAAGGAGGAGGCAACAGAGCUGACUGGGCCGCCGCUGUCCGUGGUGCCAUCGGCCAGCCUCAAGCCCACCACCAGUGGGCGUAAGUGCCUGUUCCGGGUGGAGGAGGAUGAGGAGGAGGACGAGGAGGACAAGAAGCCCUCCUCCCUCUCCACACAGGUGGUCCUGCGGCGCAAGCCCUCCGUCACCAACCGCCUGACCUCGCGCAAGAGCGCGCCAGUGCUGAACCAGAUCUUUGAGGAGGGCGAGUCGGACGACGAAUUCGACAUGGACGAGAACCUGCCACCCAAGCUGAGUCGGCUCAAGAUGAACAUCGCCUCGCCGGGCACGGUGCACAAGCGCUACCACCGCCGGAAGAGCCAGGGCCGCGGCUCGAGCUGCAGCAGCUCCGAGACCAGCGACGACGACUCGGAGAGCCGCCGGCGCCUGGACAAGGACAGCGGCUUCACCUACUCGUGGCACCGCCGGGACAGCAGCGAGGGGCCGCCGGGUAGCCAGGGCGACGGCGGCGGCCAGAGCCGACCAGCCAAUGGCAGCCGUGGCCCGGACAAGGCCAGCCCCGACGGUGGUGGCCAGGGAGGCGGAGGCCCCUCGGGGGGUGCAGGGGGUGGCAGCACGGGCCCCUCAGGCAGCACGCGCCGUUGCGCCGGCCCCAGCGAGCUGGUGGAGAGCCUCAAGCUCAUGAGCCUGUGCCUGGGUGCGCAGAUCCGCGGUGGCGCCGGCUGCCUCCUGGACCCGCAGAGCGCCUGGGCCCUAUCCAGCGUGCGCGUUCAGGAGAAAUCGGCCUGGAGGAUGUGCGUGGGCUCGGCCGGGCCGGCCCCCCCGGGGCCCCGCGUCAAGCUGUUCUCUGAGCGCAUGGUGGGCCCGGCCGAAGGGCUGGAGAGGCUGAAGAGCAAGAACUUGAAAAACAGCGUCUUACAACUACCUCUGUGCGAAAAGACCAUCUCGGUGAACAUCCAGCGCGGCCCCAAGGAGGGCCUGCUCUGCGCCUCGGGGCCUGCCAGCUGCUGCCAGGUCAUCUGAGGGCCCGGGCCCUCCCCUGCUCUCCCCUCUCUCCCCCUCCCCCCUCGCUGUUCAGAGCUGUGAACCCCCACCUUCUCUCACUGUACCCCUGUGGUUGUCUCAGACCUUGGGCUUCUGAGCAGUGAUGGCUCCUUUCUGUUUGUGUGCUCGGUGAGAUGACAAUGCAUGGUCUUUGUGCAUGCUGCUAGCCGCGACACUUUUUUUUCCGCUGAAUAGUCUUAUUUCAUGGUGUAAUUUCUACAUUUAUAAUUUUAAUACAAAGGUCCAGAUUAAAUUAAAAUAUGGAUCUGGAGCCUACAUGUAAA